GCUGUCAAACUCUCUUUUCUCUUCCACAUCUAGUGUGAGGACGUAGUGUCGCGAGGUGCUCGCUGGAUUUUUUUACGUUUAAUCCGGAAUAUCCGAGAAACCGUAACCAUGGCGGAUGCUGUCGAUGCCGAGGGAAUCAAGAAGAAGCGCGCGUUCCGCAAGUUCACGUACCGCGGCGUGGACCUGGACCAGUUGCUGGACAUGAAGCAUGACCUGCUGAUGGAGCUGAUGCACAGCCGUGCCAAGCGCCGUUUCAACCGCGGUCUCCGCCGCAAGCCGCUGGCCCUGAUCAAGAAGCUGCGCAAGGCCAAGAAGAAUGCCCCACCACUAGAGAAGCCUGCCAUCGUCAAGACCCAUCUGCGUAACAUGAUCAUCGUCCCGGAGAUGGUCGGUUCCAUCGUUGGUAUCUACAACGGCAAAACCUUCAACCAGGUUGAAAUCAAGCCGGAAAUGAUCGGUCACUACCUGGGCGAAUUCUCGCUGACCUACAAACCCGUCAAGCACGGUCGGCCCGGUAUUGGUGCCACCCACAGCUCCCGAUUCAUUCCACUGAAGUAAGAAGCUGUGAGUUUGAACUUUUCUUGGAUUUAAGUGUCGGUGUUCUGCGAGAGUGAAAUACAAGCUAAAAUGUAAACAAACCCAGACG